ACAAACAUCGUAUAAACAGUCGUUGGUCGCCGGAAUUCGAUCUGUGAAGAGAAACAGAAUGGAUUAUUUGGGUAUUGAUUUUAGCUGCGCAAUCGGAUCUCUCCGAGACGGCAAGUUCCCGGAAAAGGACUGUUUACUUCCCCUCAUCUCCAAACUCCUCGGCUAUUGCAUCGUCGCCGCUUCUACCACCGUCAAACUCCCCCAGAUAUUAAAAAUUUUGAAGCACAGAAGUGUUAGAGGGCUUAGUAUUGUGGGCUUUGAGCUUGAAGUAGUUGGUUAUACCAUUGCUUUGGCAUAUUGCCUUCAUAAAGGACUGCCCUUUUCAGCCUUUGGGGAAUUGGCAUUUCUUUUGAUUCAAGCAAUAAUUUUAGUUGCUAUAAUCUACUAUUUUUCUCAAGAUGUGGGUACCAAGACGUGGAUCAAAGCAUUACUAUAUUGUGCUGUGGCACCAACCAUCUUAGCUGGUCAAAUUGAUCCUGUCCUUUUUGAAGCUCUGUAUGCAUCCCAGCAUGCAAUUUUUUUCUUUGCCCGAGUUCCUCAAAUAUGGGAAAACUUUAAAAACAAAAGCACAGGGGAGCUCAGCUUCUUAACAUGCUUCAUGAAUUUUGGUGGUUCUAUGGUGAGAGUAUUCACCAGCAUCCAGGAGAAGGCACCAACGAGUGUUAUUUUGGGUUCUGUACUUGGUGUCCUGACGAACGGCACAAUCCUGAGUCAAAUUAUCAUAUACCUAAGGCCGCGUGCUCAGAAGGAAAAGAAAGACAAGUAAAUGGAUUAGAGGCCAAGUGUAGGCAGCUCAAGCCUUGGAACACUAAGAUGCUGCAGGUAGCGAGCAAGUGUCUGUGGCAAAGACAAGGAUCAAUUAUUGUGUUACCAUACAAUCGAUGUUCCAACGUGAUAGCAGUGGUCAUGAUACUGAAAGGGUAACUGACAUUGUUAAUUUAAUGUUUGCAUAAUGCGGUUUAGGAUUUAGAGAAAUCAAUUAAAUGGUUAGAUCGACAUUGUUUGUGGAUGAUAUUCCUUUAAAUAUUUCGUUCACUUUAGUCAUUUCGGGUCAUUAUAUGAUCUUUUGAAUUGCAUUUUUACAAUUAGGUGAUCUAUUAAUAAAGAACUUGGGCUAUA